AUGUUCAACCUAUUUUUGAGGCAGGUUUGGACCCUGACCGUCAAGAACCUGCUGAUCACCUUCGUGCGCCCCAGUGCAACAACCACCCUUAGAGCUUUGGUUUUGCCUGUCGUCUUUAUUGCCAUCAUUUCUUAUGCGCGAAACUUCUUUGUUCCUCCAUCUAUCUAUGGAAUCGGUAACCCAACGCCGGUGCGGUCUCUGACCAGCGCCUUGGGAGCCGUUGGUGGAGGGAGAGACAGAUUGGUCUUUGUCAACAAUGGAUUUAUCGAUGGCGAUAUACAGCGGGUCAUUGAUCAAGUCGCAGAACCUGCCCGACAACAUGGGGACCAAGUUGUGACCUUAACCUCCGAGAGUGAUCUCAGAGAUACCUGUCGGACCACGCUCAGGGGAACAUCAUCUUGUAUAGCCGCGGCGGUCUUCUACUCAUCACCAAAUGAAGGGCUAGGAGGGAUAUGGAAUUACUCGAUUCGAGCUGAUGGUUCAUUGGGUGAUCGCAUCAAUACUGAAACGAGCACCAAUGCCCAGGAGAUCUAUCUUCUCCCUCUUCAACACUCCAUCGAUCGCGCCAUUAUUCAAACCAAUGGUUCUGUGGAUAAUGGAAGUAUUCCUGAUGAGAUCAUGGAGUACCCUUACACCUCAUUGACCCAAAAGCAACGCCAAGAUCAAAUUCGGGUGCGCUAUAUGAGCGCGAUUAUCAAUAUCAUCAGUAUUGCGCUAUUCAUUGGAAUGGUUGGCGUCACAUAUCAGCUGACAGGCUUGAUUGCAAUGGAACGAGAACUUGGCAUGAGUCAAUUGAUUGAUUGCAUGCUACCGGGUUCCUCCCAAUGGAAAGCCCAAGCAGCUCGAUUCACUGCGGCCCAUCUUGCUUUAGACAUCAUCUACGGACCCGGUUGGAUCAUCACCGGUAUCAUUCUGAAGUAUGGCGUGUUUAGCAAAACAUCGGCAGGGAUCACCGUCGUCAAUCACCUCUUUACCGGAUUGGCACUGUCUUCAUUCUCGAUUUUCGGUGCUUCUUUCUUCAGAAAGGCACAGUUGAGUGGUAUCUCCGUGGUAAUAGCCAACCUCUUGCUGGGGGUUGUAGCACAGGUUGCUGGCGUCAAGACUAACGGCGCAGUCAUCGUUCUUGGUCUUCUGUUUCCGUCCAUGAACUAUGUGUUCCUUUCAGUGUUCAUGGCUCGAUGGGAGAGACAAAACCUUCCAACGAACCUGGUCCAUGCCGCUCCCGAUAAUCCUUGGACAAUCCCGGGUAUCGCACUUUGGGUGCUUCUGAUUGUGCAGAUUAUUGUUUACCCCAUUCUCGCUGCGUUGGUGGAGCGGAUGCUCUAUGGAACCGCCUCGUCUAGCCGCCAAGCCACGGCACUUGGGAAUUCCUCAGCCCUCACCAUUGAUAGUUUCUCGAAAGAAUACAAACCAAGCUGGUUCCAUAGGAAUGUGGGCAGGCGAUUCGGUUCCAAGCGACAGAGUGUAUUUGCAGUUAACAAUCUCAGCUUGAGCGUUGUUAAGGGCGAGAUCAUGGUUCUCCUGGGGGCCAAUGGCUCUGGGAAAUCUACAACGCUUGAUGCUAUAUCAGGCCUCACCAAGAUUUCAUCCGGAGAAAUUAAAAUUGAUUAUGGGAACGGCGAAGCUGGAUUUGGAUUGUGUCCCCAGAAGAAUGUCCUUUGGCACAACUUGACUGUCAGAGAGCAUGUCAAGAUCUUCAACGGUCUCAAGACCGUUCAAAAACGUGAUAGCCAGGAUACCCUGAUGGCGCUCAUUGCCGACUGUGAUUUGCAGAAAAAGCCCAACGCCCAAUCAAGAACCCUUUCCGGGGGUCAAAAACGAAAGCUUCAAUUGGCGAUGAUGUUUACGGGUGGCUCAACUGUUUGUUGUGUUGACGAGGUUUCUUCUGGUCUCGAUCCAAUCUCGAGGAGGAAGAUCUGGGACAUCCUGCUAGCAGAGAGAGGACGCAGAACGAUUCUGUUCACCACUCACUUCCUGGAUGAAGCAGAACUUCUCGCAGAUCAUAUCGCAAUUCUAUCAAAAGGUUCUCUGGAAGCCCAAGGGUCUUCAGUCGAACUUAAACACCGUCUGGGAUCGGGUUACCGAGUUCAUGGAACAAUCAAGGAAACCCAGUUUGAUGAAACGGUGUAUACUGUACAAGACUCAACUCUCGUUCCCAGAAUUGUUGCUGUUCUUGAAAAGGAAAAUAUCACUGAGUAUCGCAUCAGUGGACCGACGAUCGAAGACGUGUUCCUCAAAGUUGCCCAGGAACUACCUCAGGACUCCGAGCAACCUGAAAGUGUUGAUAUUGUCAACAGAAAGCCAAAAUCCGAGGAUUUAGUGGAAGAGAACGCAAAUGGCACCACACAACUCUUGACAGGGAAGCGUAUUAGCAUGGUGCGCCAAACAUGGUUUUUGUAUAUCAAACGUCUGACCAUCUUACGUCGCAACUACAUCCCAUACCUCGCUGCUUUUUUGAUUCCGGUGAUUGCUUCAGGCCUUGUCACUUUGUUUCUCAAGGAUGCAACUGCGCCCAAAUGUUCUGGGGACAGUCUUUUUAUGAGCCCAGCCCCGAAGUCAUUGAGCUCAUACAAAGAUAUUGACCUAGUCGUCGGUCCACAGAGUAGAUUCUCAUCUGCGCUAGGCAGCUACAUCAAUUCCUUGUCUGGUGCGGCCAGCUCGAAAAGCAGCAGUCUGUCUAGCUAUUUCAAUUUCGUCGAGAGCUUGCCAGAUUUCACGAACUACAUUGAAACUCACCAAGCAAAUGUCACACCCGGUGGAAUCUGGCUUGGAGACUCAUCCUCCAAACCAACCUUCGCAUGGAAGGGUAACAACAAUAACUUCGUGCUCGCAGCGCUUACGCAGAAUGCCAUGAAUAAUCUCUUGUCCAACACCUCAAUCGGUUUCCAAUAUCAGUCAUUCGACAUUCCAUGGCAGUCUGACGUGGGCAAAAUGCUUCAGCUUUUGGUCUAUUUUGGUCUAGCCUCAGCUGUGUACCCUGCUCUUUUCGCUCUCUAUCCAACCAUAGAACGCCUGCGAAAUGUGCGUGCUUUGCACUAUAGCAAUGGUGUCCGGCCGCUUCCCCUGUGGCUUGCAUACCUUUGCUUCGACUUCUGCAUUGUUCUACUUGCCAGCGUUUUGGGAAUCAUCAUCUUCCGAGCUGCGUCAGAUGUAUGGUAUCACGCUGAAUAUCUCUUCGUGGUCUUCUUCCUCUAUGGUCUCUGCUCCACUAUCUUGUCGUAUUUGGUCUCUCUUCUUGCCAAAUCUCAGCUUGCAGCAUUUGCCUUUGCUGCUGGUAUGCAGUGCGUCUUCUUUCUCAUUUAUUUCAUCGGCUACAUGUCUGUCCUCACAUACGCGCCGACUGCCAAGAUUGACUCUUAUCUUUCCACUGUACACUUCACCUUGUCAAUUAUCAUGCCGAUUGGAAGUCUUUCGCGGGCUAUGUUUGCUGCGCUGAACAUCUUCUCGAUCUUGUGUAAAGGCCAGGAGCUCGCUUCCUAUCCUGGUGAUAUCACAGUAUACGGUGGACCUAUACUAUACUUGAUCAUCCAGUCAUUCGUACUGUUUGCUUUGCUUUUAUGGUUCGAUGGAGGCGGCAAUGCAGUUUUGGCCUUCAGAUCGAAAACAAAGUCUGAAGACGUCGAAGAAAAGGAGAUGGACGAAGACGUCGCGAACGAGCUAUCCAGAGUCACAGACUGCCAAGAUGGGCUUCGGGUGUUACACCUCACAAAGUCCUUCAAAAAGUUGGUGGCUGUCGAAGAUGUCACAUUUGGAGUCGGUAGAGGCGAAGUAUUCGCUCUACUCGGUCCAAACGGUGCCGGAAAGACAACAACCAUCAGUCUAAUCCGAGGCGAUAUCCAGCCCUCCGAACGAGGAGGCGACAUUUUUGUCGAGAACGUCUCUGUAACCAAGAAUCGCGCAAUCGCCCGUUCCAACCUAGGCGUCUGCCCCCAGUUUGACGCAAUGGACCAAAUGACCGUCAUCGAGCACCUCAGGUUCUACGCUCAAAUUCGCGGCAUUUCGGAUGUCGAUCACAACGUGAGGCAAGUUAUCCGAGCCGUCGGACUUACACCAUUCCAGCAUCGCAUGGCAAUGAAGCUCUCAGGCGGCAACAAGCGCAAGCUAUCCCUUGGAAUAGCACUCAUGGGAAACCCCACCGUGCUCCUCCUCGACGAGCCGUCUUCCGGCAUGGAUGCCGCCUCCAAACGAGUCAUGUGGAAGACACUAGCGGCCGUUGCACCUGGUCGGUCUAUUGUCCUGACCACGCAUUCCAUGGAAGAGGCGGAUGCACUUGCGAGUCGUGCUGGAAUCAUGGCGAAGCGUAUGCUCGCUCUUGGUACUACGGACUAUCUCCGCUCCAAAUAUGGCAAUAUGUAUCAUGUUCACCUUGUUCACUCACAAGCUCCUCAUACAUCCGAUGAAGAUAUGGAGCGUAUGCGUACAUGGGUGCAUAGUACUCUCCGUGGAGCUGUGGUUGAGCAGAAGACGUAUCACGGUCAGCUUCGAUUCAGUGUACCCACUGAUUCACCAUCAGACAUAGUGUCAAAGCAUGGCGAUGAGUCUAUUACCCAAGAUGAGAUCCAUUUUGAUCUCGGACGCGAUGGUCAGAAGGUUGAGUCUUCGACUGUAAUGAAAAGAGGGAACGGCGGGAUUGGCAAUUUGUUCUCGUGUCUAGAGGCGAACAAGGAGUUACUGGGUGUCCAGUACUAUUCUGUCAGCCAGACCAGCCUUGAUCAGGUUUUCCUUACGAUUGUCGGGAAGUACAAUAUCGAGGAGGAGAACUCGGGAAGUAAAUAA